AAUCGUUUCCCUGAUUCCCUCUAUCUGGUGGGCUCUUCUCCCUGUCCUCUGGCCUCCAAAAUAGAUUCCUUCAGGAGUAAGGUUGACCUGCUGAAGCUGCCUCUGGCCCUAUCCACCAAGUCCAUCUCUGAGCGCAAGAGCCAGCUGGGCGGAGCCAGGGAACGAGGCACGGGGGGAGGAGGGGCCCGCAAACCCUGCCCACCGACCCGAGACAUGGACAACGAGUCACAGUACUCGGGCUACUCCUACAAGUCGUCCCACUCCCGCAGCUCUCGCAAGCACAGGUACCAGAAGGGUGGUCACAAAUGCCCCCCAAAAACCACAUAUACACACAAGCAUGCACGCACACUUUAAACAAUCAUUCCACACAUUUUAGUUAAACACUAAGAUCAAAGGCAUGUGUAAUAUACAUCGAUCCAUUAGUCAAUGGGUACAUUGAUGAGCAACCACACACACGGAUCACACAUGUACCCACAAGCUUCGGUCACACAAGGACAGGGGCUUAGCACGCUGACAUAACUGUGUGGUUGUCCUGUUUCUGUACUCCAGGGAUCGGAGGGACAGGCAUCGCUCCAAGAGCAGAGACGGCAGUAGCCGUGGAGACAAGUCUGUCACCAUCCAGGCCCCUGGGGAGCCACUACUAGACGCAGAGUCCACCCGUGGAGAUGACAGGGUCAGACAGAAUCACAACCUUCUCCUCUCCAACACUUCUAGAUCUCCAUAUUUUUUUCUCUAAAUCUUUAUCUCAUAAUAGGGCCAGAGGUUUUCCUGAUCGUGUAGCUCAGUUGGUAGAGCAUGGCGUUUGCAAUGCCAGGGUUGUGGGUUCGUUUCCCACAGGGGGCCAGUAUGAAAAAAAACAUGUAUGCACUCACUAACUGUAAGUCGCUCUGAAUAAGAGCGUCUGCAAAAUGUAAAAUGUGACCUAACCAGGAAAAACUCAGAUCAGGUUAUGUGGUCAGAAAAACUCUAUCCUUUCAUAUCUCAUUAAAGCCCCCCUCAAUCACUCCUCUACGUUUACACCAUGUCUUGUCUCUGUCCCUGUCUGCAGGAUGACAACUGGGGUGAGACCACCACCGUGGUCACAGGCACAUCAGAACACAGCGUGUCCAACGAGGACCUGACGCGCGUCUCCAAGGAGCUGGAGGAAUCGUCUCCCCUGGAAUGCAAGCGCUUCCUGGGGCCUGUGCUGGGCGGCUGCCUGGGCUUGUUCGCCCUGUUCACCCCCCUGGCCUUCCUGGUCCUCCCCCAGCUGCUGUGGCGCGAGGCCCUGGAGCCCUGCGGCACGCCCUGUGAAGGCCUCUACGUCUCUCUGGCCUUCAAGCUCCUGGUUCUCCUCAUCUCCUCCUGGGCGCUGUUCCUGCGCCCGCCGCGCGCCACCCUGCCCCGCUUCUUCAUCUUCCGCUGCCUUCUCAUGGUGCUGGUGUUCCUGUUUGUGGCGUCCUACUGGCUGUUCUAUGGCGUGCGUGUGCUGGAGCCCCGGGAAAGGGACUAUAGAGGCAUCGUGGAGUAUGCGGCAUCGCUGGUGGAUGCGCUGCUCUUCAUCCAGUACCUGGCCCUGGUGCUGCUGGAGGUCAGACACCUGCAGCCUGCCUUCUGCCUCAAGGUGGUGCGCACCACAGAUGGGGCUAGCCGCUUCUACAACGUGGGACACCUCAGGUCAGUCUGUGCUGUCUGUGUGUGACUGUGGUGUGUCAUAGGAUGAGGAUGAUCAUUACUAACACGAUGAUAAAGAUUAUGAUGAUGAUGGUCCGUCAUGUCAUGUUUUUACACAGGGCAAGUAUGUGCAUUAUAGCUGCUUCUGUAUGCUCAAUGUGAUGCUGAUAUUAAUGGUGUCUGUGUGUUCCAGUAUCCAGAGGGCAGCAGUGUGGGUGUUGGAUCAGUACUACAGGGACUUCCCUGUCUACAACCCUGCUCUGCUCAACCUGCCCAAGUCCAUCCUCUCCAAGAAGAUGUCUGGAUUCAAAGUCUACUCUCUGGACGGUAAAUAGCAUUGUAGACUACUUACUUUAUCUCUCUACCUCAUCUCCCCAUCCAUCCAUUCAUCCACCAACCAACCAACCCCUACCACCAUUCAUCCAUCCAUCCACUGACUGAUGUACACUACCAGUCAAAAGUUUGGACACACCUACUCAUUCAAAGUUUUUUCUUUAUUUUUGCUAUUUUCUACAUUGUAGAAUAAUAGUGAAGACAUCAAAACUAUGAAAUAACACAUAUGGAAUCAUGUAGUAGGGGUAUACAGAAGAUAGCCCUAUUUGGUAAAAGACCAAGUCCAUAUUAUGGCAAGAACAGCUCAAAUAAGCAAAGAGAAACGACAGUCCAUCAUUACUUUAAGGCAUGAAGGUCAGUCAAUACGGAACAUUUCAAGAACUUUGAAAGUUUCUUUAAGUGCAGUUGCAAAAACCAUCAAGCGCUAUGAUGAAACUGGCUCUCAUGAGGACCGCAACAGGAAUGGAAGACCCAGAGUUACCUCUGCUGCAGAGGAUAAGUUCAUUGGAGUUACCAGCCUCAGAAAUUGCAGCCAAAAUAAAUGCUUCACAGAGUUCAAGUCACAGACACAUCUCAACAUCAACUGUUCAGAGGGGACUGCGUGAAACAGGCCUUCAUGGUCGAAUUGCUGCAAAGAAACCACAAAUAAAGGACACCAAUAAGAAGAAGAGACCUGCUUGGGCCAAGAAACACGAGCAAUGGACAUUAGACCGGUGGUCUGGAGUCCACAUUGGAGAUUUUUGGUUCCAACCGCCGUGUCUUUGUGAGAUGCGGUGUGGGUGAACGGAUGAUCUCCUCAUGUGUAGUUCCCACUGUAAAGCAUGGAGGAGGAGGUGUUAUGGUGUGGGGGUGCCUUGCUGGUUACACUGUCUGUGAUUUAUUUAGAAUUCAAGGCACACUUAACCAGCAUGGCUACCACAGCAUUCUGCAGCGAUACGCCAUCCCAUCUGGUUUGCGCUUAGUGGGACUAUCAUUUGUUUUUCAACAUGAUAAUGACCCAACACACCUCCAGGCUGUGUAAGGGCUAUUUUACCAAGAAGGAGAGUGAUGGAGUGCUGCAUCAGAUGACCUGGCCUCCACAAUCCCCCGACCUCAACCCAAUUGAGAUGGUUUGGGAUGAGUUGGACCUCAGAGUGAAGGAAAAGCAGCCAACAAGUUCUCAGCAAAUGUGGGAACUCCUUCAAGACUGUUGGAAAAGCAUUCCAGGUGAAGCUGGUUGAGAGAAUGCCAAGAGUGUUCAAAGCUGUCAUCAAGGCAAAGGGUGGCUAUUUGAAGAAUCACAAAUAUAAAAUAUAUUUUGAUUUGUUUAACAUGUUUUUGGUUACUACAUGAUUCCAUAUGUGUUAUUUCAUAGUUUUGAUGUCUUCACUAUUAUUCUACAAUGUAGAAAAUAGUCAAAAUAAAGAAAAACCCUUGAAUGUGUAGGUGUGUCCAAACUUUUGACUGGUACUGUAUAUGUCUUGAUCCACAGAGAACAGCACCAAUAACACCAACAGUCAGUCCCGGGCCAUGAUUGCUGCUGCAGCCCGCAGGAGAGACAACUCUCACAGCGAGUAUUACUAUGAGGAGGCCGAGCUGGACCGCAGGUGCCGCAAGCGGAAGGCCAGGUAAGACAGACAACAUCCUGUUUCCUUAAUAUGCUUUUAAGUGAUUAGAGGGACAAACCCUGUUAAUGUCCCUGUACUGUUCUGUUUGCGCCAGUGAAUCUUGUUGUUAUGUAUGUUGCUAGUGAAUGACCAGUCCCUUUAAUAGUGUAUUUCAGGCACAGUAAUGAUGACUGAUGACACUAUCCAUUGAGUUCUCCUGUAUCAUACUGCUUUUGGUUAUCAUAAUGAUGAUUGUUGUGUUGUCCAGGCUGGUAGUGGCAGUGGAAGAGGCCUUCACCCACAUCAAGCGUCUCCAGGAUGAUGACCCCACAGCAUCGUCCCCAAAACACCCCCGUGAGGUGAUGGACCCCCGUGAGGCGGCUCAGGCCAUCUUCGCCCCCAUGGCCCGGGCCAUGCAGAAGUACCUGAGGACCACGCGCCAGCAGCCAUACCACAGCAUGGAGAGCAUCCUCACCCACCUGCAGUUCUGCAUCACUCACAACAUGACCCCCAAGGUGAGAAACAACGUGUCACGUUCACUUGUCUAUAAUGUAUAACCCUCAAAGAGAAGGGAUACAUUGUUACAUCCUGGGUAUAAUGUUACAACAGCUUUUGGGAUAAAUGGCAUGCAUUUGAUCAGAUCUACAAUUCAAAUAGUCACUUGUGCUCAAGUACUCAUCCUCUCUGUACCCAUUCACAGGUCUUCCUCAUUAAGGUUGAUUUUGAAAGGCUGUAUUUUUGUAUUUUCAGGCUUUCCUGGAGCGUUACCUCAGCCCGGGCCCUACCUUGCAGUACCAGCGUGAGAACGGCAGGGGGCGCCAUUGGACUCUAGUGAGCGAGGAGCCUGUGACCUCUGCCCUGCGUCAGGGUCUGGUCUUCUCCCUGCGCCGCCUUGACUUCUCCCUGGUCGUCACGGUACAGCCUCUCCCCUUCCUGCGUAUCGGUGAGGAGUUUAUCGACCCCAAGAGCCACAAGUUUGUGAUGAGGCUGCAGUCGGAGACGUCUGUGUAAAGGGGGUCAGUGGAGGCCCCUGAUCCUACUGGGAUACGCAGGGCGCUAGAUCAUCAUGUAAUCUCCUAUUGAACCAUUGUCAUGGAUGUUAACAGAAUGUGAUAAAGCUACAAUCUUCCAUAGACGAAGAUGGAUGCCUUGACCAUGUCUUUAUGAUACGCUGUACAAUUCCCUUGUUUUUCCAAAGGGAGCAUAGGCCUACAUUUAUUCUGAUGAAUAACAGCAUUUUUGCUACUUUGACUGCAACCACUGGAAUACAUAACUGUGUAGUAGACUCAUCACAUAAAGAUCCCUAGCUGACCGCUAGAGGGUCAUGGCUAGAAUAGAACCAGCUUUUGUCAAAUUAACGUCAAAAGUGGCAUUUUAGCUAACCCUAACCCUUUUCUUAAUCUAAUUAUCUUAACCUGCUACGUUAAUUAUCCUAACCUGCUGUGUAAGUUCUCCUAACCUGCUACGAAAAGUCAAACCUGACGUUAAUUUGACAAAAGCUGGAUCCCUUCUAGCCAUGACCCCGUUAGAGGGGCUGUGUCAUUGGCCUCUCUGUUCCAUUUCCUGAUGUCUUACAAAUGGACCAAUCAGAGUACAACUCACAAAGGUGGCAGGUAGCCUAGCGGUUAAAAGUGUUGGGCCAGUAACCGAAAGGUUGCUGGUUCGAAUCCCCGAGCAGACUAGCUGGAAAAUCUGUCGGUGUGCCCUUGGGCAAGGUACUUAACCAUAAUUGCUCCUUUAAGUCGCUCUGGAUAAGAGCAUCUGCUACAUGACUAUAAUGUAAGUCAGCUGACUGCAAAGUUGGUAUACUGCUUCCACUGCCAGUGUGUUGUUGUGCUUGGAAGUGAUGAUUAGGAAAGAUGAGGCCUGUUUUUAUAUAGGGUGUGACUUUUUUUUAAAUUACUGAAUGUAUAUGUAUUGAAUUGAUAAGGUGUUUCUUGUUGCCUGUAGGCCAACUAUCUCAAUCUGUUUGGGAAGGAACUACAUUCCUGAGCUUGUUGUACCUGAGACUGUGUGUUGUAAGGAGUCACAUAUUCUGUGUAUAUGUGGCUCUCAUUUCAUUUUAUGCUUGCCUUUUUACACAAAUGUUAUCAUGAUUCUGGUAACAUUGAAUGAGAAACUGAGUAUACAUCCCUGCCUUGGGACAGCUUUCUCAGACAGACUGUCCUGAAUAACCUGUAAUUCAAUGAAGCUUUUUUGAAUGGACUCCUCUUGUCUUUACCCUGUGUCCACUGUCCUCCAUCCAUCUUCCUCUGACCAGGGACGUGAUUGUAUCCUCACUGCAAGUCCUCUGCAGUCGUAGCAAAUCACCAGAUUGUGCCACAUUGUAAAACAUUAAAACAAGCACAGUAUGAUUCCUACAUCCAACAGCCUUACCCAUGUGUGAACUACGAAAUGCUGUCUGGUCAUCUCUGGCAAAGAACCACUUCUCUGACCACUAAACCUCUCGGUUCUAACCAAGACGUACCGUAACUGGCAGCCUGGUGUUGACUUGAACUGCUCCAAACUGUUGUCUACCUUCUUUUGGACAACUGAGCCACAAUAUGACUGCCAGUCAUUGUUAUUCAAGCAGUUCGAACUGAAAUGCCCUUCAUUUCUGUGAGAACAACCAAUGAAACAAAGUUCAGAACUGGUUGACAUAACUGAUGAGAACAUCUGGAUGACAGAAUACAAAUGAUUGUUCCAGUUUUUUAUGCAUGCUAGAAUUUUGGGUUUAAGUACAUUUUAUAUGAUGAGCUUGUUUGUUUCUAUUUUUUAUGAUACCUAAGUUAUGAUAAUGCAAUUCAACAAAAAUUGUACUUUUGGAAAAGAGGACUGCUUGUACACAAAUGUGUAGAUUUGACUUGUAUUGUUUAUUUUAUUAAUAAUUGUAGCUUGUAUAGUGUGCUAGAUGUUUUUGACAUUAUUAAAACAUUUUCCUG